AUGGACGGCCAACACGUCAAUGCACCUCCUAUCAAUGUAAAUGGCGCCAAACUGCAAGCUGUGGACCCCUUCACCUAUCUGGACACAAUCCUUUCAGCACAACAAUCGACGGUGAAGUGGCUUGACGGAUUUUCAAGGCCAGCCAAGCUUUCGGCCGCCUACAGAGCACCAUCUGGAAUUGCUACGGUCUCCACUUCAGCAGUAAAUGGUCCUUUUGGCGACAUCUGUGUGGACUUGGACAGUGCACCAGAAGCAUGUGUAGAGACCCGAGCACCGCCUUCUCAGCUUCCUUCGAUGGGCGCUUAA